AUGGUAAGAACUAAUAGAGAGAUCUUAACUGGGGGUAAGAAAUAUAUCCAGAGACAACAGAAAAAAUUCGGGGUAGAUGAAGUUGUUUUUGAUAAAGAUUCACGUCAAGAAUAUUUAACUGGUUUCCAUAAACGUAAAGUUCAAAGACAAAAGAAAGCUCAAGAAUAUAUCAAAGAACAAGAUAGAAUAGCUAGGGUUGAAGAAAGAAAGAGAUUAAGAGAAGAAAGGAAGAAAGAUUUGGAAACUCAAUUGAAACAAUUCAAUAGUAAUGUUCUUCAAGUUUCCAGUGAUGAUGAUGAAGAUUGGGAUGGUUUUGGAGGUGAUAAAGAUGACAGUGAAGCAGAAAAAUCUGAAGAAGAAGAACAAGAACAAAAUUCAAUUGUCAAUGAAGUAUAUCAUGUUGAACCUGAAAUAGUAGAAGAAUCUCAAGCUAUAAUAGAUGAUGAUACUACAGUUACAAUUGAAGCUGUAGAUAAUCCCCUUAUGACCAAUAUUCAAGAUCUUCAAGAAAAAGCCAAAGCUAAUAACGUUGAUUUAAGCAGAGCUCAAGAAGUUUUACAACAAUCAAUUAAGAGAGCCCAAAAUUAUGCUAUAACAGUUAAUGGUAAAGAUAACAAUAAAGAUAAAGAUAGAAGAAAGAAGAAAUUCAGAUAUUUAACCAAAACUGAAAGACGAGACAAAGUCAGAAAGGAAAGAUCAAAGAAUAAGCCUAAGAAAGAUAAGAAGACCGACAAGAAGACAGAUAAAAAAUCCAAAUCAAGGAAAUAA